AGAAGAACGAGUUUCGAUAUUAACGUAGAUGGCGAUGCAAGUUAUUGGAGUCGAUGAGUCAGGGUGGUGGCGAUCGCGAACGAAGGGAAGCCGAAACGAUGUCUUCUUCUUCUUCAGUCGGGUGGCAACCAUCGAGCGUGUAUGUUGUUAAUUUUGCGUGUCGAGUGAGCGCCGUUACAAUUCUCCACGCAGUGAGAGAGUUCGUCAUUGGGACGGUCUACGAGGACGGGGCAAGUGUUCGUGUAAUACGUACGCACGAAAUAAUAGUGUGUUAAAUAAAUAAUAAAGGACAAAAGGGUGUGCUAAAAAUGUGAUAUAUUUCGUUAGGCAUCUAAUCAAAUUGGUAAUACGAGUUUUCUUCGUACGAGUCUAGUGGGGGGCUCAAGUCCUCUCUUUCUUUCUUUCUCUCUCUUUCUCUCUCUCUCUCUCUCUAUCUCUAUCUUUCUCUUACACAUCCUCGCGAUUCUAGACGGGCCGAAAAUUUUGCGCCCGGACGCGGCGCAAAACUGCGCUCUGUGCUGCCUGUUUCUCGGCCCUCGGUGAGUCGUCGUUGAAAAAGGGGUGGUUGGAGAAUAAUGUUCUCUGAGCAGUAGUGAGCAACGCACAUCAUGGUCGUCGCGAAGCACUUCACGCAGGGCUCAAGCCCCGAGUUCGGGGUGCCGGAUAUGACGGUCAUCAGCGAUAUCGACGAGACCGGCAUCAAUCGGAAUCUUCAAGUCCGAUACGAGAGGGACCAGAUAUAUACAUACACAGGAUCCAUACUCGUAGCUGUAAAUCCCUACAAGGAGGUCGACUUUUAUACGAACGAAUACGUGAGCCGUUAUCAUGGACAGAAAAUGGGUGCACUCGAGCCGCAUGUUUUCGCAUUGGCCGAGGCAGCAUACAGAUCCCUUCAAGAUACGAAAAGCAAUCAAUCCUGCGUUAUAUCUGGCGAGAGCGGCGCCGGAAAAACCGAAACAACGAAAUUCAUCUUGCAGUAUUUAUGUUCGGUUACUAGCAACGUCGACACGUGGGUGGAACAACAGAUAUUGGAAGCCAAUACGAUUCUCGAAGCUUUCGGUAAUGCAAAGACCGUACGUAACGACAACAGUUCGAGAUUCGGAAAAUUCAUGCAAGUUUGUUUCGAUAGUAAAUGGAUGAUAAAGGGUUGCAUUAUACAGGAUUAUUUAUUAGAACAAAGUCGUAUUACAUUUCAAAGUCCCGGAGAACGUAAUUAUCAUGUACUUUAUCAAUUGGUCGAAGCUGGUACAAGGGAUAAGGAAUUUGCCGAACAGUACAAGCUUAUGCCGGCUAUCCAUUAUAAAUAUCUUAAUCAGUCUGGUUGCGUUAAAAUUGGUGGUAUAUCGGACUCGAAGAAACUCGAUGCAUUAAGGUUGGCUUUUAAUGUUUUACAGGUUGCACCAGAAAUGUGCGAAGGAAUAUUCCGUGUAUUAUCGGCGAUCUUAUGGUUGGGUAAUUUGAAUUUUGAAGAUGUAGACGGCGAAAAAUGUGAAUUGAGGGAAGAGGAUGACGACAUAAUUGAAACGGUAGCACCAUUGUUAGGUCUUCAAAUUGAGGAUCUAAGAAAGGUUGUAUUGAUACGUCAGAUCAAUGUACGUGGUAACAUAACCGAGAUACCACUUAAGGUGCAAGAAGCCAAAGAAAAUCGACACGCUAUGGCAAAGGCUUUAUAUUCACGAACAUUUGCCUGGCUUAUAAAUCAUAUAAAUAAUUGUACGAAUCCAGGACAGGACAGUUCGAGAUUUCUCGGUGUAUUAGAUAUAUUUGGGUUUGAAAAUUUCUCUGUAAAUAGCUUCGAACAAUUAUGUAUUAAUUAUACCAACGAGAAGUUACAUAAGUUUUUCAAUCAUUACGUUUUUGCAUUGGAACAAGAAUUAUAUCGUCAAGAGGAGAUACAAUAUUCUCAUAUAACGUUCACCGACAAUACCAUGUGUUUGGAAUUGAUCGAGAAACCACCUAGAUGCGUUUUAAAAUUAUUGACCGAACAAUGCCAUAUGCCAAAGGGUUCCGAUCUCGCGUAUUUAACUAAUUUACACGCGGAAUUUGAGAAUCAUUCGUGUUACGUUAAGGGUGACGAUCGUCGGAGAUGGGAAAAAGAAUUUGGUGUAAGGCAUUAUGCCGGUUGCGUUACAUAUACCGUUGAAGGUUUCGUCGAAAAGAACAGGGACGUACAGCAGGAUGUAUUUUUUGAUUUUAUGUCAAGGAGUACUAAUGAAUUUGUCCAAGAGAUAACCGUUUAUCAGGAUCUCUUAGGAUGUACAGUGGCCCGUGCAACUGGCAAUGCAGCCGCGACCAUGUCUCGUGGUACAUCAAAGGGCAAACCUACGUUAUGCGAUUCCUUUCGACAUCAAUUACAGGCAUUAGUGGACGUAUUACAAGCAACUACACCUUGGUACGCGCGUUGCAUCAAACCUAAUAUGGAAAAAGUAUCGAAUCAUUAUGACGAAAAACUUGUACUCGAUCAACUCAAAUAUCUAGGAAUGUUGGAUAUUAUUCGUAUAAGAAAAGAAGGUUUCCCUAUACAUAUGGGAUUUCACGAUUUCGUAGCUAGAUAUCGAUGCCUUGAUAAAGGAAGAAAUUUAUUGUCCCGUGACGAUAGGGAAGCUGUUAGAUCAUUGAUAAGUAGCCAAGGUAUACCAGAAACUGAAUGGCAAAUUGGUAGAACCAAAGUAUUCCUUAGGAGUUAUGUACACGAACCAUUGGAAGAUUCGAGGAAUCAGAUGGUCAGUAGUAAUGCCCUGAUGAUACAAAAAAUUUGGAGAGGCUACAUAGUACGAAAGGAGUACAAAAAGAUUCGUGAGGCAGCGUUGAAGGUCCAACACGCUUACAGAGGCUGGAAAUUGCGUAUAAUAUUUAUUCGUAAACGUAGAGCCGCCAUUAUUAUACAGAGCCAUUUGCGAGGUGUUUUCGCCAGGGAAGUAGCUGCGGCAUUGCGCGAAAUGAGACGCGUGGAUGAAGAAAUGAGAAAGAGAGAGAGAUUGGAGGAAGAAAGAAGAUUAAUGGAGGACAAAAAAGCAUUGGAGGAAAGUCAAAGCGCGCAGUACAAUGGUAUUGUUGGAAUGGAACCAGGAAAAGCACAAGAGGAGAUAGCUACAUUGACCCAAAUGGCAGAACAAAUGAAUUCAAAGAUAGCGGCGUCUGAUUUGCAGUCGGUCGAUUUGGACAAUUUAUUUUCCUUUUUAUCGGAUGUUCAAUCGACAAAAAGCAAUCAGAUAAUUGAGGAAAUCGGCGAACAGAUGGAUAACCUCGUAGAAGAUUUGGACGUUGAAUUGGAAACGGUGAUACAGCAGGAGAUGGAAAUGAAUUCGAAAGUCGAAUCGAAAAUGAAUACGCCUAAUGGCCAAGACAUUACACCAGUACAACAGGCACAACGAAUAGGUGGAAGUACGGGAAAAUUGGGUCAACCGAGUUUACCAGAACCAACUGAGCCACCACCACCACCACCACCACCUAUUCCUCCAUUGGCAUUGAACGGUGAUUCCUCGGGUGAUAAUGGAGAGCCAAUAUAUGAAUCUGUUUUACCGCGAGAAGAGAAUGGGCCUAGUAGUCCCAUUAUGAUCAAUGGUAGCCCGGGACAAAUGAACGGUGAUUCUUGUGGAUCUCCACCACCAGUGCCGAUUAAUAAAGUGAAGGAACAACUAGCUGGUAGUCCCCCGUCGUUAACAGAAUCGGUAAAUUCCAAUGGUCAUCAUUUACAUCACAAUCAUCACCAUCAUCAUCAUCAUCAUCAAACGCAAGUACCUCAAACCCAACAAAAUGGUCAUGAUCAGCAACAACAUCAGCCGUUGCAGGGACAGCAACAGCAACAACAACAACAGCAACAACAACAGCAGCAGCAACAGCAGCAACAACAACAACAACACCAGCAGCAGCAACAACAACAACAACAACAGCAACAAUCGCAAGUACCUCAGCCGCCUAUCGAAAGGGAACAGAGAAGGAAAUGUAGGGUGGAACGUAAAUUGCAAGAGCUUGAGGAUAAAAGGGAACAAGAUAUCGAAACUACGUAUCACGAUAUCGUUGAGUUUGCUCAGAAUUAUUUCAAUAGCCAUGAGAGAUCACCGGAAGGAACUAUAAUGGCUACGCUGACGAGAAAAUCGCGUGGGAAAAGUGUCGAAUAUAUACCAAAAUACGAAAUGGUUACCUAUUACAAAGGAUCUAGUAUACCAAAUUCUCAUAUUCAUAUGUAUGAUCCAGAUAACGUUAACGUUGCCUGUUCAGUAUUCAGGGAUUUAUGUAAAUAUAUUCGUGGGGAGAUGAAACUUGAUUUAGAAAUAGCAACUAUACAAAGUAUCAUCGGAUAUGGUAUAGAAAGGGAAGAAUUAAGGGAUGAGAUAUUUGUACAGUGUAUGCGACAAGCAACUAAUAAUCCUAAUCCCGAAUGGGCCGAACGCGUAUGGUUGUUACUCUGUUUGGCAAUCGUAGCGUUUCAACCUAGCAAAUUGCUUUAUAAAUAUUUCGUUUCAUUUCUUCGAAAGAAUUUAGUAUUGGAGGGUAAACUUAGACAAUACGUGCAAUGGUGCAUCGACAAUUGCAAGAAUACAAAGGUAUCUUGCAGACAAUAUCCACCCUCGACCGUAGAGAUUGCUGCGAUGAGACGAUUGGGUACGAUCGUAUGCCGAUUCUUUUUUCUCGAUGGUAGAACAAAAGCUAUAGACGUACAUCCAACCGAUACCGCGGCCGAUGCCGUAGCCAAAUUAGCCGAUAAAUUGGGCCUUAGAUCGUUAGAAGGUUGGGCCAUUUAUCAAAGCAGGCCGGACGGUGAGGAACAUGUCAGAGCGCAUGAUUAUUUAUACGAUGUGAUAGCCGCGUGGGAAAUGAAGCAAUGUAAAUUGAACACAUCUCAAUCAACGUUCUCGACGUUACGACGUGGAAAUAAUGCAACUCUGGGAAGCGGUGACAAUCGUUUCGUAUUUAAACGGCGACUCUUCCGUAACACGCGAGAGAUCUCGCAAGAUCCUGUAGAAGUGAAUAUGCUUUAUGCUCAAGCUGUAUAUAAUGUUGUUAAGUGCGACGAUUUUCCAGUAUCAGAGAAAGUAGCUUUACAAUUGGCAGGAUUGCAAGCUCAGGUAGCAUUGGGCGAUCCAAAGGAUAACGACAGAUUAGAUUAUUAUAGCGAGGUCGACAGCUUUUUGCCAUAUAGAAUAAGUCGGGCUCGUGGUGAUGACGUUUGGGUACCGAUAAUAGCACAAGCUCAUAGACAAUACGGAGCUGGUCGGAAGGAAUUAGCAGCUAAAGUAUUAUAUCUAUCUUGUGUAAUGCAAUAUCCGUUAUAUGGUACGACGAUGUUCAAUGUUACGUAUCGAGGAUAUUGGUCCUAUGGAAAUCAAUUGAUACUUGGUAUUAAUUGCGACGGUUUAAUGUUGAUCAAGCCAGACGAUAAAUUCGUAUUAUCGGAAUAUCGUUAUCAGGAUGUUGAAAGUAUAAUGUUGGAUCCAAGUGAUUCCUUUAUAACGAUCUCCUUGUUACGACACAAUCCUGAUAGUUCGCACAAGUGUUUUGUAUUUGAGACAGCGCAAAAAAAUGAAAUAGGAAGUUUGAUCGUAAGUUAUUGUCCCGCUUUAGCAGGAUGGAUUACGGAGAAUGAAGUUCCUACGAAAAAAUUCAAAGGUAUAACAAAUGAGGAUCGUAUUAGGCUUUAUCAUAAUUUGGUCAAUUGCCGGCGAACAUUGGUUGAUGGUGAAAUAUUGAGAAAACCACAGGAUUCCGGUGGUGGUUUUUUAAGGAAUACAUUGAGAAGAUUAUCGAAGCAUAGAAUCGAAAAGUUACGACAAGAACACGGUAGUGCUACGGAUCAUGGUGAAACCUACAAAGGUUUUCCUUAUGCUUAUUGGGCCUUUAGUAGACAGCCUAUACCUCAGAGCCUUUCGAAAUUGCCGGAUCCGGACGAACAAAUGGCCCUUAGCGUCUUCCAAUUGAUCUUAACUUAUGCCGGUUUAGGACAAAAUGGUGACACCGUUCGUAGAGUCGAAGACGAACACGUCAAUCUAAUACAGACCGUUAUGGAAAGGUGUAUUAGAAAGGAAAAUCUUUUAGGAGAAUUGUAUUUGCAAUUGAUCAAACAAACGACCGAUCAUCCCGAUCCAAAUAGUCGUGUCAAUCUCAGGCAUUGGGCGUUACUCUCAUUGGCUUGUUCGGUUAUUCUACCACCCCAAAAGAAUAUUAGAAAAUAUCUUAUUGCCCAUUUGAAACGUUGCUCAAGCGAUUACGUCACGGAGGAAGGUAAAUAUGCCAGAUUUGCCGAGAAAUGUCUUUACAAGACUCAAGGUACUAGAAGAAGACAAUGGCCACCUAGCAGGGAGGAGAUCAUGUGUACGAUCAAUCGUAGACCAAUAUAUGCUAGAUUCCAUUUCAUGGAUGGACAAUAUCAUGCCGUUGAAUUUCAUCCGUCCGCUACUGCCAGAGACGUAAUGGAAAUAAUUAAGGCUAAAAUUGGCCUCGAAGAGACAGCCAUGGGUUAUGCCAUUUACGAGGUAUUAGGACCGACCGAACGUGCCCUUAUUCCCGAAGAAAAAAUAGCAGACGUAAUGUCUAAAUGGGAACGAUAUAGAACGGCCAGUGCGUCUCAGCAAGGUCAACAACCUCAGAGGAAACACGCGCAUCACUUUUUCUUAUUCAAAAAACAUUUGUUCCUCGAUCAAUAUAUGAAUCUCGAUGAUCCCGUGGAAAAGGAAUUACUUUAUCAUCAAGUGCUUCACGAUCUUCGCGCUGAUCGUUUUCCAAUUACCGAGAAGGAAGCCAUAAUGUUAACAGCUUUGCAAGCACAAUUGGAAUUAGGUGAUUGUCACGAUGGACUUGCCGAACAAGAAUAUAGAACAAUAUCAAGUCACUGCCUACCAUCAAGAUUAGUACCGACUGUUUGCAUAGAAGGAGUACUUCAGCAUCAUCAAUCUUUACGCGGGAUGACACCGCCAGAAGCCAAGAAAGCCUUUUUAAAUUUAAUACAAUCGUGGCCAUUGCACAGGGCGACGAUCUUCGACGUGAUGCAAUCGUUCACAUCGAAUUGGCCACGAGUACUUUGGCUUGCAGUCGAUCAAUUAGGACUUCAUUUGCUUGAACAUCGUUCGAGGAAUACACUUUGUACUUACGAAUACAGUAGUAUUCUCAGUUACAAUCCUGCAGUCAGUAGCUUCAUGAUUAUCACCUGUACCGAUAAAAAACAGAGCAAGGUUAUAUUGACAACUUCGCAGGCACACCAAAUAGCUAAUUUAAUACGGGAAUACAUGGAGGUGUUGCAAUCACCUCCGGAAAUACCAAAGAGAGAUUCAGCGAUAGCCCAAUCAAUUUCUCAGCAACAAUAUCAACAAAAUACUGUGAAUCUUCCGGGCAAUAAUGCCACCACUACUACAGGUCGAAAGUCACGGCCAGCUUCGAUGUUACACAGAGGUGCACCGGUGAUACAAUCUCAAGCUAGCUAGAAUGUUUUUAUUCAUUUUAUGACAAUUCAUUAUGGAUGGACAAUUUUUCGAAGAAGCAACUUUUAAUCAAUUUAUUUUAUCUAAGGGGACUGGAAAAUCGAAAAUGAUAUAUAUAUAUAUAUAUAUAUAUAUAUAUAUAUAUAUAUAUAUAUAUAUGUUGUCUUUUUAUUUAACGAAAGAUAGAAAUAUUACUAUGAACUUUCGUUGUCAAAGUGCCAUAAGUUUGGUAACGUUAUUAACAAUAAUCAUUGUUACGUUACGCGUUGGUAGUGCACCGCCCAUAACGUGCCCGGACCAAAUACGUAUUUUCCUUUUCUUAUACACACACACACGCACGCACACACACACACAUACACACACAGACAGAUAGACACACACAUAUGUAUACAAGGAUAAAAGGAGGGGGACUCAAAAGUCCAUAGAUGAUUUAAAAAAAAAAAAAACAAAAAAAACAAAAAAAACAAAAACAAAAAAAUAUCAAUUAUAACGUUAUACGGGACUAUUUGUUAAGCUUCUAACUUAAUUAAGAUUAACUGCUAUAAAAAGUUUUACGAUCUAAACGAAAGUAAAAGAAACCGAGGGAAAAAAAAAAAAAAAGAAACGAAAAGAAAAGAAAGAAAAUUAAUCGAAAAAUUUGUAAUAUCAUCCAAGGAUUUUUGUCGAGUCCAAUCCAUCCCCCUUUCGAUUCUCUCCAACUUUUAUAUAUAUUAAAAAAAAAAAAAAAAAAAAAAAAAAAGAAAAAAAAACAAAUGUCGAUGCGAUUACUUGUACCUCGAUCGCGUCGAUCGAAUAUUGUCCUUUGUUAUUCUUUCGGUGCAUAUUUGACGAUUGAGAGAAAAAAAAAAAUGUAUUAUCCCGAACGCAUUAAUCAGGGAUUCCAUGUAAUUUAUUAUAAUAAUGUGUCCUCUUAACGACGAGUAUUAGUUUUCAAAGCGUGAUUAGUCUACGAACUUUUUUUUCCUCUCUUUUUUUUUUUCUUUUUCUUUUUCUUUUUUUUUUUUUUUUUCUCUUGUCGAGGCCUACGAAUAACUGUAUUAUUAUAUUAAAUGCGAUAUAUAUAAAAAGAGAGAGAGAGAGAGAGCGAGAGAGAGCGAGAGAGAGCGAGAGAGAGAGAGAGAGAGAGAGAAAUGAAAAUGAAUAAUUUCUUCCGAUAUUUAUUCAAUUUAGAUUUAAUAAUCCUUUUAAUCCUGUGAAGAGAUAACGGAGACAUCAUCAUCAGGAUAUUUAUUAGCACUACCGCCGGCGGAAUAUAGGAAUAUAUAGCGUGACAACUAUUAUACGAAUAAAAAAUUAACUUAACUGCCAUGUUGACGAUGAGAAAAGAGAAAGAAAACUAAAAAAAGAAAAAAAAAAAAAAAAAGAAAUAAAAGGAAAAGAAAAAAAAAA